UGGGUCUGCGCAGGUAGUUUCGGAAGAAGUGAGGUCAUAUUUGUUGGGAGUAAACAAAAACUUUUUUCUGUCGCCCGGAACACUAUCUCGGCCCUUCUCAAUGCCUUGUAGACCAAAAGAUUGCGGUGUUUACAGAUGAUGAACCGCGUUAACCUUUACCGGAGGAAUUGGCGAGAGAUUAUUGUUGCUUCCGGCGAUUCCUGAAGCCGCUCUCCACAGGUGACUUCAUGGCCAUGUUUCUCUAUCUACUUCUAUUAUUUCACCUCCUUCCCUGUGGAGACUUGACUUGCAUGAGGAGGCUACACACUCACAAUACAGGAUCACAGCAGCAGGAAGUGUUCACCGAGGGAGAAGAUGCAAACCAAUUCUUGGGACGCCAUCUGCUGUUCAACCGGUUUGACUUUGAGAUCUUCACUCCUGGCAAUUUGGAGAGGGAGUGUUAUGAAGAAAUUUGUAACUACGAGGAGGCCCGAGAGGUCUUCGAAAACACUGCGGAUACAGAGGCUUUCUGGAAGAAGUACACUGAGGAUAAGGACAAGCGCCCAUCACGGCUGGAUGUUACAUCUCUUCUUGUGGGCUUGAUCGCUGCUGGGGUUUCUGUUGUUAUUAUCGGACUCCUGGCCUGGUAUUUCUGUCAAGGCAAAUGCAAGGACGACUUAAGCCGUACCAAUUCCAUCAGGGCGCGUCCAAGGCGGAGUAAUGCUUCUCUCAUCAUGCGACGGCUUGAGGAGGUCUCCCUACAGCCUGUCCUCCCACCUCCACCCCCUGAGGACGCUAUCAACCCCCCAGGGCUGCCCUCCUAUGAGCAAGCCAUAGCAAAAAGUGGCCAACAUGAUGCCCCACCUCCUCCUUACCCCGGCUCACAACCUGGAACCAUUCGACGGUAGUACCUCGGGGAUAUCUGCAUGUCUGUCAGCAUCAAGCAGAUAUUUUUUUACAGCUUACUUUUACAUGAAUUAAAGUCAUUGUGGUCUCUUGGAAUACGCUUUUCUUAUGAUCAGUAUAAACUUGUAAUAUUUAAGCUGACCUCUGCUUGUGCUGCUAGUGCCAAAAUAUAUUUUAUUGCUGUAUUUUAAAUCUUUUCUGUAAGCCUCUAGUAACUAUCCUCUCAGGUAUAAUUAUGGUCGACAUUCUUUGUAAUGUAACUCCAAGCUCAUGUUUGAUAAGUCAUUCAUAGCUUAUUUUACCCACUUGGUACUUUUUAGGUAAAUGAAUGGAAAUGAAGGAAUCAUUAUAUGUUGGAUCUUAAAGCUGUAAAUUACUGGAUUAUCAGUAGCCCUGAGGUGCAGUCACAUCAAGUGUGAGAUUGUGCAGGUAUAGAAGGGCUGAGAUGAAGAUUGGGAUUGUAUUUCAUUCCAAUGUAAGUAUUAAUGUUGAGUGACAUGAGGCAGACUGAUUUGUUUUAAGUGGUGCAGUCCUUUGUCUCGCAUAACUGUAUUGUGACUAAGGAGAAGCUUUUAAUUACUCCAAGUGUUUUUAACAGUUUGGUCCUAUAGCUUUCUUUCGUCAAAGGCAUUAUACAACUCAAACUAUUUAAUGUUUUACGUACAGUUUUUUUUGUAGAGAUUACUCACUGCCAUAUGAACCUCUAGUGUGUUUUAAAACAGAUCUUAGGUUUUUUUUCUGCAAGUUGCUCCAUUGUGAUUCAAUAUUACAUCUUAAAAGGAGGCGGCUCUUCAGUAUAUUCUGUAUUGAUUUUUCAGAAAAGUGGUUAUCAUGGCAUCCUCAUGAAAUAAGCUAGUGUUUUUUUUAUUUUUCAUUUUACAUUUACACUGAAAGGUUUUGGCUAUGGUGAGUGAGCUGGCUAAAUAAUCUUUGAUCAUUGUAUGAAGAUACAGAGCAACAGUAUGAGAUAAUUCAAAUUAAGGUAUAAAUAGUUAUAGUAUAGAACCACCCUGUCAGCAACAAAGAUACUAAAGGUUUCACUGUAAUUUGGAUAAUUAAGAUUUUACAUCUUUGAUAAAGUGUUAUUAACAGACUCAUUUGAUGGUGGUGUCUGAUUCUUGUUAUCCAGUCCAGAAAUAAGAGUUUGCCAGAGGAAAACACAACAUGGCCUUGAAGCAGCUGCUGCGUCUCUCCAUGUUUCUUACAAUAUUGUACAAUGUCACUGAAACUUGUAGCACUUAACAUUGUCAUUACAUUAUGGGCCAAUUUACUGCAGGCUGAAUUUGUUGCCACUUACCCAAGGGAUUAUGAGCAUAACUUGAAAAUGGAAAACUGUUCAGAUGUUUAAAAUAAACUGAUAUUUUAAUUGUA